AUGCGGGCGUUAACGAUAAGUAAACUUAACGUAUACAAGGGGCCGGUUCAUGUAACUGAAGCCAGCAAUAUCGCAGACCACUGUAUACAUCAUUCGUUAAGCCAUGACAAGGAUCAUGACAAAUUUGGCGUUGCUUGCGGUCAUCCACAUGACCAUUUCUGUCUUUCUUGUGAAGAACUGAAGACUGUUCUAGACGAUAUCAAGGAAGCUAUAACUGAGUCAGCCGAUUCCUUUACUUCCGAACAGCACGACGAUAUCAAGUUCUUGUUCCAGCAAGCAGUUUCAGCUAUUGGUGCUUGGAAAGCGCACCAGCUUCGUUCUAUCCAACAAGAUAAGGCGCGGACAGACCUACUCUUAAAACUUGGUCCAAGCGAAGUACUGAUUACACAGGAUUGGGCCAUGAAAUUCCUCCCGCAGAAAUAUAGAGAAACUCAGACCGAUUGGUUCGGAAAGAGGGGGAUUUCAUGGCACAUUUCUGUGGUAAUCCGCAAAAAUCAAAGUGGAGACUUACUUCAUCAAGUGUAUGUUCACGUAGUAGACCAAUGUACUCAAGAUAGCAGUGUAGUCAUCAGCAUCAUGGAGCAUACUUUACGUUCAAUUAAAGAGGAACAUCCUGAAGUAGAUACGGCGUAUUACCGCCAGGACAACGCCGGUUGUUAUCAUAGUACUGAACUGUUAACUGCAUGUCAUUUAAUGGAGAAUGCCACUGGAAUUAAGGUUGGUCGAGUCGAUUUUAGCGAUCCUCAGGGGGGUAAGGGACCCUGCGACAGAAAAGCAGCGACAAUUAAGGCUCACAUCCGUCGAUUCAUUAACGAAGGGAAUGACGUUAAUACAGCAUACGAUCUAUGUCAAGCUAUCCUGUCCAGUGGCAGUGUUCGUGGUGUACGUGUAGCUUUAAUCGACGGAACCAAACUUACUCCAUUGACAAGUGAUUCCAAACUCGAAGGCAUAAGCACACUCAACAACUUUGAAGUUACCAAGGAUGGACUCAUCUGUUGGAAGGCAUACAAGAUCGGCACCGGUAAACUUGUCUCCUGGUCAUCAUUGACAGCUCGAGAAACCUUGAACAUUUCUCCAAUCAAUUCUCCCCUUAGCCAAGGAUGUUUUACUGAAAUCAGAUCUAAAAAGAAAGCCGCUUCUCAGAAAGAAAAAGAAAUUGAAGCCGAUAGUGAUCAUUAUGAAGAAGAUGACGAUGACGAAGAAAUGUCCAAACUGUUUGCAUGUCCUGUUGAGGGAUGCGUAAAAAUGUUCCAACGUUACGCAUCACUUGACAACCAUAUUCAGUAUGGUACAUGUAAACUUAAAGAAGAAAAAGAAAGUCUUUUCGACAAAGCAAUUUUAAAAUAUCAAGAUAAGCUUCAAACGAAAUCCUCUGUACCAUCCCUCGCGCCAACGCAAGUCGAGAAAAUGGAUGAUGCUGACCAGGCGAUAUUAAACCGUGGUUGGGCACUCAAAGCGUCAAAGAAGUCCUCACGUUUUUCAGAGCAACAAAAGUCAUUUUUAGACGAAAUGUUUUUUCUUGGACAAGAAACAGGUCACAAACAGGACCCAAGCACAGUUGCGCAACAAAUGCGCUACGCCAAAGGGUUAGAUGGCAGCCGUAGAUUCCAACUACAGGAGUUUUUGAGCUGGUGGUUUCUGUCACCAUGUUAUUGGAAUGCUGUUCUACUUGUCUCAUUGUAA